UGUUCUUCGCUCUGUUGUUUACUCGUUGAUUUGGUGGUCCGAGAUGUCGCUUUCCCUCACCACCGCAGAAGGUGUGACGAAGUAUUUGAGAUCUAAGACAACCACUGUGGAAGAGAUCGUCAAGGUAUCAAACCAACUGCUUGACGACGAAUUGGCCGUGUAUCUGCCUAAUGCUGUCAAAUUCGUAUUUGAGCUGCUCGUUGAUCGCUUAAACGGUAAGACAGCGUUCAGGUGUGAAGGCUCUGUGUGGACACUGUUCAAUAAGACUUGGAGGAUGCUCAACACUGAAUCAAAAUUCAGAAAUCGGACUUUCCAAAGACUGAGAUUUGGUGAGGUGUUCUCUACUGGCGUAGCUGGAAUCGUGCCAUCUGCUGAAUCUUGUGAAACUGUCACUGAGACUCUAUACUUGGUCCGCUCGGAAUCCUCUUUAUUCAAUUCUCAGGAUCAUGCAGUACAAAUACUGGGUAACUACUUGACCUUGUUGGAUAAAGUUGAGGGUGUUAACUAUGAACAGAGCAUUAAAGAGGUUGUUUUGUUCUUCAAGAGUGCUGUCAGUGUCGAAAAGUAUUCAGAGAAGUUCAUCAACUUGUUUGUCAUCAACGCUUUACCCAUUAUAUUGGACUUCAUCCACUCGAAGGAAAGUUCAUCUCCGUUGGUUCCACUCUUGAAAAGAAUAAUACUGUCAAAUCAAAACUUGGAUCAUUUGGAGCAAAACAUUGAUCUGUUACUGAAGCAAGAGGUUUCACCAAAUGGUAUGGCUCAGAUGUAUACGCUUGUUGUUGACUGUCUCUCUAAAAAUGACACUGAAAAGAUGCAAAAGAUAUUUACCAAGAUUGUACAACAAUAUCCAACGUUAUCAGGGAACUUACUUGAAUGCAUCUUGAAUACAAAGAGGACACUUUCUCAUGAUUUCCUGCUCAACAUCUUUGAAAGAGAAUUGGCCAAUAGUGAACAGAACUGGGAUUUGGUCAAGGCAGUGUUCAAGCUCGAUAUUGAAAUUGUCACUCAACAAGCUGAAAGAAUAAUGAAACUACUUGAUAACAGUUCAAACAAGUAUUGUGAUGAAGACUACCUCUCUGUUGGAACGGAAAUUGUCAAUGCCUACAUCAGAGCUAGAGACCUCGAAUCAUUCUUCAAGAUAUGGACAUCACUGUUAACUGCCAAAUCUAUUUGGAGCAGUAAUGAAUUCCGUGACGUGGUCUCCAGGAGUGUUCUGUCAUUAUCUUCAACCCAAUUGAAAUCAAUCAUCACCACACUCUUGAACAUGGAUUCUGAUUCAAAGUUCAUAUCCCUUGCAACGUUAACACAGGGCUUGUUUAGUGUUAAGGAUAAGAUCGUACUGAACGAUGCUAGGGAGAUCCUCAAACAUGUAUUCGAUAUCGAAAUAGAUUAUGCAUGGGAAGUCAAGUAUUAUCUGCUUUGUCUCUUUGAAGAUAUUGUUCCAAUGAUGGAGUUGAAGAAGAUUGCUAAUGGUAAACUGAAAGUAUCAUCAGAGUAUCAGUUUCAUACACUGUUUAGGAUAAGGGAAUUGACAGAUUUCAAUACUGAACAGUUAGCGUCGCUUUUUGUCAAAUUUGUCAAGUCUAACCCAUCAUCUAAUAUCUUAGAGAUGACGUUCGAACGUUGGUCUGUCUUAAUUAAUGAGAUUUUAGAAACGGAACAAAUGGGUCAAUUGGUUGAUGAACUGCUUUCGAAGCAAGAAUUGACACUUAUCGCCUUGAGAAACCCCCAGAUCUAUGAAUGUUUGACUAUUAUCGAAACCAUUGUGUCCAAGAUCACGAAAAGGAUUCAGUCUAGCAAGGAACUCACCUCCUUUGAUUCGAUUGUAUUGGAACAAAUUCCUAUCCAAUGUUAUCCAAAAUCAACCAAAAUUCCGUUGCUGAAUGCACUUUCUAGAAAGUGUCUGUCUUCGAAACAAGAGGAACAUCUGGUUCCAAUCUUACAUAUACUACAAACGCCAACUUUUAAAUCGGAUAUUGAAUCAGAUGUGUCCUUGAUUGAUAAGAUGGUGCAAACGUUUCCAGACUCAUCGUUCUUCAAUACCAUCUGGAAACAACGUUAUGCAAAUCUGAAGGACGAUGAAAACUUGACAUUUAUGAAAACUCUGAUGAACUAUGUUUCUGAAAGAUUAACCAAUGUCAAGGAUGUAUCAUCCAUUAUGCACAUUGCCUUCGUGAUGCUAUCCAAUGCCCCCGAUCAAUUGGACUUGAGUCAUCUCCAAUCGCAAUUUAUCGAAUGUUCUAAAGACAUCUUGACAUGUCAGUUGAAAGAGACAUCAUUUGACGAAACUCAUGAUAUAUCCUGGAUUUUGCAAGCCCUCUACAAAUUGGAUGUCGAUGCUUCCAAUUUUGAUAAAUUAUACACCUUGUUGUUAUCUUUUGGAGAAUCAAUUCAAGCAUCUAACCACGUUGAGGCUAAGAGAAACUUGUUCCUUGUUCUAGUGAAAUAUAGAAAACUUGGAUCUUCCUUCGAGUUUUUUGAAUCCUUAUACAUCAUAUUAAGAGAACAGGGUAUACAAAGAGACGAUAUGAUUGGUGGUCUUGCAUAUCUACUCAAAUCUUUGGAUGCUGAUUCUUUUAACAACUCCUUGGAAAAUGCAAUCAAUUCGAAGGCUACAGACUAUGUCAUCGAAGUCGUCACUUGUCACUGGGGCUUCCUUCAACGCUCUAACAACAAAAGUCAAGAACUGUUUGUCAAGUCUCUGUCUUCAUUUGCAUCAAAUAUUACUAAUAUCGCAUCUGGUUCUUUAGAGGGAAUACUCAUAUCAUUGAAGAGUCUGCUUGUUGAAAAAUCAUGGGUCUUUUCUCAAUAUGCUGUGGAACUUGUCUUUGUAUUUCUAUCCCGUGCUGUUGAUCAUUUGGAUCUAUCGAGCAGCAAGUCUGAAGACUGCUUUACUUUGAUUACUCUGUGUGCAUCAAACAUUCUACUUUUCCAUAGACAUAGACUCACAAAUCGUCAUCACAUUGUCAUUUCAUUGUUCAACUCCUUGCUAAAGUCUUUGACCAGAAGAUCUUCACCAAGUGUGCUCCAAUCAUCAGUCACAGCAGCUGAAAGUUAUCAAAGACUCUUGUCAAACUUGUGUGAACCAACACAGUCAAAAUCCUCUUCCGAUGAUUCAUUGACCUCUACUUUGGACAUUAAAAAAUCUGUUAGAAAACACAUCUAUAUCUUGUUGUUGACGUAUAUCAACCUAUCAUUGAAAUUCACCUUCGAGGCCAGUGUUAGAGAAGCUCUUCUCCCUGGUAUUUUUGGAAUUUUUGAUCUUGUUUCUAAUGAUGAACUGUUGUUGGUAAGUACAUCUCUGGAUUACUCGGGCAGAUCGUACUACAAGACUCUGUAUGAGGAAUAUAAAAAGGUGGGUAAAUGGCAAGCUGACUAAUACCUUGGUUUUAUAUAUAUAUAUAUGUACAUAAUGUCAACAAAGCGAUGUGUCCUUUUUAUCUAUGGUCAAAUUCUACUAUAUCUCCUUUUAAACAAUCUGUUCCGUACCAUGUAGACUUUGUCCAUUAGUGAAUUCUCAAUCCUUGAAAUGAAUUCCCAAGCUUGUUCCUGGUAUUUGAACGUCUGUUCUCUUAUCCGAAUAGACUCGUCAUGAUCAAUGUGGUGUAAUACAUAUUCGUAUUUCAACACAUCCUUUCUUGUUAUCAAGCCUUGUAAUAGUCCAUCAGACUCCACAAGUAAGCAUCCCGG